ACACUUGUAGCUGUUAUAUUGUACAUUCCUGUUGUGAAUCAGUCGUUGCUCUACAUUCGCCUUGGAUUUCCCUUGUCAAUUGGCUUUCAUUUUCUACCGACAUCAAUCAACUUCAAAGUGGUUCCUAUAAUUUUGUGCAGACAUAGUCACCCUAGGGUCGACUUGCAAUAAAGAAAUCGCUGUCAUAUAUACCACUGCAUACUGGAAGGUGUAGGGUGAAGUAGGAAAUCGAAAUCCCUCCGGUGCAUGUAUUGCUAGAGUUAUCAGAUUAGAUAAGUCAUCCAUUCGUUCCACCUUGCGAAAUCACAUUGCGAGUUCCACCUUGUACCAGAACCAUGGUUGCACCACUAUACACAACGGCCUCUGGGCUGCUCUUCCAUGCUGGAAAGAUUCUAGUUGUCACUGUUGGCCUCCCAGCACGCGGAAAGACUCACAUAUCACGGGCGUUGGAACGAUACUUGCGAUGGACGGGUGUCAAAACGCAAGUAGUUUCGCUAGGAGAUUACCGUCGCAAGAUUCUCGGUGGGGCCCAGAAGUUGCCUCCAGAUUACUUUACAUUAGGCGAGAAGAGUCCGGAGACCGUUGCCUUAAGGAAACGGAUCUCGGACGGAUGUGAGCAACUUAUCUGGGACUUCUUCAACUCAGGAGGACAAGUGGUCAUAUAUGAUGCGAACAACGGUACCCGUGAACGUCGACAGGCCCUUGCCGAGAAAUUCGACAAGGAGGGUAUCCAUGUUAUCAUGCUAGAGUCGUUAUGCGAUAACGAAGAAAUUAUUCUGUCUAACAUCCGGAGUGUCAAGAUCUCCUCACCUGACGUACGCCUCGUCUCCCUGCGUUGGCAGCUGAUCAUAGCACUUAUCAUCGGAUCGUCUUUAAAGUAUCGAGGUUGGGAUCCUGAGAAGGCCGUCCAGGAUUAUUACGGCCGUAUACGUGACCAUGAAGCUCAUUAUGAACCAGUUGAAGAAACGGAUUGGCCCUAUAUCCGUAUAGUUAAUGUUGGAGAGAAAAUCAUGGUUAAUCGUAUCCAUGGCUAUCUACAGUCAAGGAUUGUCUUCUUCCUGAUGAAUAUCCACAAUCGAUUCCGAACAAUCUAUUUCGCGCGAUCAGGACAAUCGCUCAUUGAACAUUCGUAUAAAGCAGAUUCUGAUCUAUCCCCACCUGGAUGGGAAUAUGCAGAGCGUCUGAAGGAAUUCGUACUAGAUCGACGAGCGAAAGCUUUGCAGCAACGAGGGGUUGAUAUCGAGGAUCGCCGGCUAGUCGUCUGGACUUCAGCACGGAGACGAUCUCAUCACUCAGCAUGGCCAUUCCUCAAUUUGACCGAAAACGACAAGGUAAAACUCCCGCGAGUGAAGGUUGUCGAGAAACCACAAAUGUCCGAAAUUAACCCCGGAGUAUGGGACGGACUGAGCCCUGAUCAAGUGCGAAAGUUCUAUCCGGAUGAGUGGGAGAGAUUCGUCAGAGAUCCUUAUGCGUAUCGCGCUCCCAGAGCCGAGAGUUACCAUGACUUGUGCGUUCGUUUGGAGCCUACACUCAUCGAACUCGAGAGGGAGCAGGAAGACUUGCUCAUCAUCGGACAUGCCUCUGUCAUCCGGUGUAUGCUUGCCUACCUCAUUGGUCUCCCCGCCUCUGAAAUUCCCGCCAUCGAGGUGGCAAGAGGUGACCUCAUCGAAGUCGUGCCAACUUCUUAUGGCGUCCACAGCCAGGCAUAUCACUUCUGGGAUGGUCCUGGUCGGAGCCAGAAUGGUGGCGGAGUAGGAAAGGACGAGCAUAAUUUCUAUGAGAAUUAUGCGGAGGAUACGCAAGGCAAGCGGAGGCCGCAGACUGCAGAAGCCGUGGACGCAAUCCCUAGUUGAUUGCACUCUAGGAGUUUUCCCUUCGCACCUUACAGUAAGUACGCAAUGUCAUCAUGGAAUAAUCGUGUAUACUACAGAUGAAAUACAAGCGAGAGGGACAUUACAAAUCG